UAUGGGAUGCUUUCUGGUGAGUGGGACGAAGUCUUUGGGGUCAAUUCACUGCCGUGCUUGAGCUGCAAAUUCCUUCAUUAAUUCAUCAUCUCAAACAUGCAUAUUUAGCGAUUCUUGUAUUGUAAUUCCCAUCCUCUUUUGCCCAAUUAAAUUGCAGUGAACAGUUGGCGUUCAUAUCGAUCGCGGCUGUUUCUAUCUUUCCGUUUGUGGCCUUGUAUUUCCUGUCUCAUCCCGCUGUUUCUGCUCUUGAUAACAGCAAUAAUAACAUCAAGAUUAUAAUUUCACCAUUUUUUUUGCCCCCAUGGACAUAAUACGGAUGGUUCACCGAGUAAAAAAUGACACCCAAAAAUGAAGGUUUGAGUUAUGGCAGCCGCAGUAUGAGAGUUUCAACCUCUUGUGGGGGUGGCUCCUUGUGGGCAUUAUGCACUGUACUUCCUACUUGGGGGCCACCGUAUACCGUGAUUAACCCCUCUCAUGUGUGCGGGGCAAUGUGUGAAGGGCUCUUAAGGUGCAGGAAAAGCUCUCCACUUAGCCCUCCCGCACAUGAUGAGUAUUUCAACUACACAGGCUGUGAUGAUUUCAAUUUGUACUACAAGAAGCAUUUACCAGAUGAUCAUCACAACGUUUCUGCUUCUGCCGAUUCUUUCCAAGGCUGCGACACCAUUCUUCUGCCUUUGACUUCGACGCCAUCUAAAACUAAAACUGAACCUGGUGAGAACGAUGACGAUCUAUUAAAACUAUUGAAUGGUACCAUCAACUCAAAAUUUCACUGCACAGCAAAAAACGGGCCAAACCUCAAACUGAUCCUUCCCUAAGUUGCUAUUGGUGGAUCGAGAACUUGUAUAUGAUGGUUGGCCGCUUGUUGGAGAAGUGUCACGAUGAUCGAGGAGGGGGAAAUCCCGUGCCUAUAGGUGGGGCUGUGCCUAGAGGUGAGGCAUGAGGGGUUGGACCACGAUCACGUCCCUACAGGUAGGGCUUAGCCUACAGGCGGGGCUAAGACGUUUCACACAAGUGCCGGCAAAGAUAAUGGUGACUUGGGGAGACUUCCUGUUAUAUUACAUUUUGCUCUUGCAUGCACUGUUUCUUUCUUUCUUAUCACUCACUUAGAUGUAAUAAUCUAACUCAAGUGUUUCAUACCCCUGGGACAUUCA